AUGUUUCCUUUCCUCUCGUGCUUCAGCGGGUCUCGUCGCCGCGAGCGAAAAUGUCUACUGGAGAAAGAAGAGAAUGCAAAGUAUCUUGAUCGAUACCCUUCAUGGGAUGGCCCAGAAAAUUCGCUCAUUCUGCAAGCAUUUGAAUGGCACAUGCCCUCUGACAAGCGUCAUUGGAACCGGUUGAAACGGGUCCUGUCUGAAUGGCAAGCCAUCGGUGUUGAUCAUAUAUGGAUUCCACCGGGAUGUAAGGGAAUGGAUCCAAAUGGGAAUGGCUAUGAUGUAUACGAUCUUUUCGAUCUCGGAGAGUUCGAACAAAAAGGUUCAGUCUCAACCAAAUGGGGCAAUCGAAUAGAGCUGGAAGAAAUGAUACGCCAAGCAAAAUCUCUCGGUGUCAAUGUAAUUUGGGAUGCUGUUCUAAAUCACAAAGCCGGCGCGGAUUAUCCAGAAGAGUUUCCAGCUGUUGCCGUGGACCCCCGAGAGAGAACAAAAGAGAUAUCCAAACCAUUUGAGAUACAGGGAUGGACAGGAUUCGAUUUUUCCAACCGCAGAGACCAAUAUAGUUGCAUGAAAUACCACUGGCAACACUUCAGUGGUGUCGAUUGGGACCAGAAGCGCGAGAAAAACGCAAUCUACAAGAUAGCUGGACCCAAUAAGAACUGGGCGCCGGAUGUUUCCAAUGAGAAUGGAAAUUACGAUUUCCUUAUGUUCGCUGAUUUGGAUCAUUCAAACCCCGAAGUUCGCAACGACUUACUUCAUUGGGGAUCUUGGAUCGCUGAAUCAUUAUCCCUCAGCGGAAUGAGACUGGAUGCUGCGAAGCAUAUUUCGACAAGGUUUCAGAAAGCCUUUGUCGAGCAUGUGAGAGAUCAGGUCAACCCUAAAUUCUUCGUGAUAGGGGAAUAUUGGACUGGAAACCUUUACGACAUUCACGAAUAUUUGGAAAAGCUCGACUACCAGGCCCUGGCAUACGAUGUACCUCUUUUGCGGAAAUUUUCCAGUAUUUCUCAUUCUGCAAAAUCAGACCUCCGCGGUAUUUUUGAGGGAACAUUGGUACAGUCGAGACCGGACCAUGCCGUGACAUUCGUUGCGAACCAUGAUACGCAACCCGGCCAGAUGCUCGAAACCCCAGUUGCCUGUUCUUUCAAACUACUGGCUUAUUCCCUUAUUCUGCUCCGAAAAGGCGGCAACCCUUGUGUUUUCUUUGGGGAUUUAUACGGGAUACGAGCUAACGUUGAGGAGCCAAUGAAGCCGGCUUGCGACGGCAAGCUCCCUAUCUUGAUGCAAGCACGCAAGAACUAUGCGUAUGGUGAGCAGGAAAACUACUUUGACCAACCGAAUUGCAUCGGGUUCGUCCGCCAUGGUAACGCCAAGCACGCCGGCCUCGUAUGCCUUAUCAGCAACGGGGACCCAAACAACAAGCGUAUGUUUAUCGGGCGACAGCACGCAGGAACUCAGUGGAAAGAUAUCUUAGGGUACCAUCGUACUUCUGUUGUUAUCGACAAGCGAGGCUAUGGCAAUUUCCCUGUCAAUGCUACUUGCGUUGGGGUUUGGGUUGAUUCGGCCGCCGUUGGAAAAGAUGGCUUGCCAGGAACCUUAGAUUUGAACAUUUACGGUUACUGA